UUGAAGCAAAGACUGCUGAACCGGAGACUGCCGAAGUGGAGACGGAAGCAAUGAAAGAGCCUGUGGUGGAGACAGCGGAGGAACCAGUCGAAGCAGAAAGCAUAUCGACUCCAGCUGAAACACCUGCUGAAGUCGCCAACGCGGCGUGCGACGAGGCAAAGGAGGGAGAGGACGAACCUCCCAAUACGGACCCGGCUGACGACCACGAUACGUCCGGUGAUGGUGGGUCCCAAGCCGAAGAGGCUACACAACCCCUCGACGCCGACUCGAAAGACUCUACGGCCGAUGACUCGGGAGAUCACACCCAACACCAAGACUCGGAAGACAAGCCAGACGCUAGUGCUGUUCCCGAGGUAGCCAAGGAAAGUGAGGAGAGCCCUCCUGAUAGUGCGAUCGACUUGAGCGCAGAUGCAGCUUGGGAAGAUAAAGAAGUGGAGGGCGAAAGCACUCAUCAGUCCGAGGAGCAGAGCGACGAGGCAGCGAGUGAGACGGAGGGUGAAGAAGAGGCAGGAGAAGAAAGUGCGGCGGUUACUGCCGACGAUGAUGCUGCAAGUGUCGAAGAUGUCGGCGAUGAUGCGAUACCUGACGCGAAGG